AUGGCCACCUUGUGCUGGACCACCCUCCCAGCUCGCUCCCGGGGCCCUGGGACUCUGAGUACUUUCUUCCCAUACGAGCCCCACGGGGUCCAGCAGAAGCGGGGAGGCCGACUCAGUAUUGCCGAAGUUUCUCCAUACCGUCAUCCUCGAUGCCGCCGAGAAAAUCGUCUCUCUGGGUUUCAAGAAAUCUCGGAUGUGGUCCUGGGCGACUGCUGGUCCGCCGGCCGUAACACGUCUGGCUACCUGAUCGUCAAUUCGGCCAAAUUUCCCAAUGGCAUUGCCGAGCUCGCCGACAGGAUCCACGACAUAGGGUUGAAGAUUGGUAUCUACUCUAGUGCCGGGUCCUUGACUUGCUCUGGCUAUGCCGGGUCCCUGGGGCUACGAGGAGAAGGAUGCCACGCUCUGGGCAAGCUGGGGGGUGAGUCAGCCCUGUUUUUGUCUGUGACAGACGAUAUGGUCGCGGGCGGGGAGACUGCCUCGCAGUCCAACCUGACCGCGUUGUGCGGGGCGCGCGAGAUGUUUGCGAAGCCGUCGUCGUCGUCGUCGUCGUCGUCGUCGAAGGAGCUGAUGGGGUCGAAGGUUGGGACGGUGCAGCUUAGUGGGACGGUGCGGGCGCAUGUGAAGCCCCAUGGUGUGGCGAUGUUGCGGCUGCGGGCCCGUGAGCAGAGGGAUGAGUUAUAG